AUGUCGCCGAGAAACAGUUGCAACGUUCAGCCGAAUGACGCAGAGCAAGACCCCAAGGGCUCUGUCAAGGAACUCGAGGGUUCGAACAUCGACUUGUACAUCGAUCCUGCCGAGGAGAAGGCGUUAGUCAAGAAGCUUGAUCGUGUCAUUAUGCCUUUGAUGGCACUUGUUUACUUCUUUCAAUACCUUGACAAACAGAGCAUAAACUACGCCGCCGUUUUCGGACUUUCGGAGGAUUUGAAGCUCACGGGGCAGCAAUUUUCCUGGGCUAUCUCGCUGUUCUACUUUGGCCAGCUCUGCUCAGAGUAUCCUGCUGCGUACCUAAUGAGUAGACUCCCCAUCACUCUCUUUGUUGGGACUACAAUUAUUCUGUGGGGCGGUGUGGAAAUGUGCUUGGGUGCUUCGCAAGGCUUCUCGAGUCUCGGUGCCACUCGCUUCCUUCUUGGAUUUACCGAAGGCGCAGUUUCGCCGUCCUUCAUGAUCAUUACCAGCAGCUGGUACAAGCGCAGCGAACACCCCAUCAGGAUUGCCACCUGGGUCUCGAUGUUUGGUGUUUCUCAAAUCGUCGGUGGCCUCAUGAUGUACGGCAUCGGUACUGGUGUCCACACAAUCGCAGCCUGGAGGGUUCUCUUCCUCAUCUGUGGUGGUCUCACUAUGGCAGCAGGCAUCCUGUUCGUCAUCGUUAUGCCUCGCAACACCAAUACGGCUUGGUUCCUCAACGAACGCGAGCGCGAGAUCUGUACGCGCCGCCUUGCUCUCGACCGUGCGACCCGCGACCGCGCCCACUUCGACUGGUCGCAGGUGAGAGAGGCCUUCCGCGAUCCUCGCACAGCGCUUUACGCGGCUAUGGCCCUGUUCAUCACGUUGCCUACUCCCAUCGUCAAGUUCUCGUCUCUCGUCAUCAACGGAUUCGGCUACAACAAGUUUGAGACGAUGCUUGUUGGCCUGCCCAGUGGUGUGAUUGGCUUCAUUCUCGUCUGGGUUGGCGGUCUGGGACCGAAGCUCCUGGGCAACAACACGCGCUGCUUCAUCGGCAUAUUUCUCGUCUGCAUGCCCAUGCUCGGCAGUCUGUUGCUACUGCUGCUGCCGCAGAAGGCGUCGUGGGGAAUCGUCGUCAGUACGUGGUUUGCCGGAGCCACUGCGCCGCCGCUGGGCCAAGCGGUGGGACUUAUGGCUUCGAACAUCAAGGGCAACACUAAGAAGUCCGUAGUUAGUGCCGUCUUCUUCGUCUUCUACUGCAUUGGAUGCAUCGUGGGGCCACAGCUGUGGCAGAAGAAGGAUGCCCCUCGGUAUGCCAAGGGAUGCAUCACCAGCAUUGUGAGCUUCGCGUGCCUGAUUGUCGCUUUCUUGGUCCACUAUUUCACGGCCAAGGCGUCAAACAAGAAGAGAAGCAGUGAAGCGCUGGACGGUAUUGACGAAGCUGCCGGGUUGUCGAACGACUCAGACUUGACUGAGCGCCAGGACAAGGGAUUCAGGUACACAUAUUGA